GAAAAACUCUUCUUUCAGUUAAUUAGGGUUCUUUUCUUGAUUACAUGCUGAUGCCGAAUGAGUCGGCACUGUUUCGUUCGUCUUUUCUUGUCUUGGGCGAAAUGGGAUACAGGAGAAGAUUGGCCCUCUUUUAACUUUAUUUUGUUGCGUGUUUCAGAGAAUUCUGCUGACAAUUUUCGAUGGAGAGAGGAUCAAAAGUCGUCAAUAAAAAAUAUUUUGUGGAUACAUCUAGAGAAAAUGAUUCAUCGCCUCCUAACAACGCUUCUGAUGCAGAAGCAACGAGUCGCGAUGACAAUGACUACGAGUUUGAUGAUUCUGAAUGGGAAGUUGGAUUCAUUCCUACAUUGUCUUCCACAAAAGAUUUUAUAAAUGGGGUUUCUGUUGAGUUUGAUAUUUCGCAUGGAUCGGCUAAGAAGAAGCAGUCUCGGAGAGCUACUGCUGAAGAGAAGGAAGUUGCUGAACUUUUGCACAAGGCUCAUUUGCUUUGCUUACUAGGGAGGGGACGGUUGAUCGAUGGGGCUUGUAAUGAUCCUCUCAUUCAGGCUUCUCUAGUUUCUCUUGUUCCAUCGCACUUGCUGAAGAUAACAGAAACCUCAAAACUUACUGCUAGUGAUCUGUUCCCCCUCGUCAGUUGGUUUCACCAAAAUUUUCAUGUUGGAAGUCCAUCCAUAGAGGAGAAACCUUGUCAUCUAGCUUUGGCUUCUGCUUUGGAAACACAACAGGGGACACCAGAAGAGAUUACAGCACUAUCGGUUGCACUGUUCCGGGCUCUGAAUCUAACUGUUCGAUUUGUUUCCAUUCUGGAUGUGGUCUCCUUGAAGCCUGGUGGUGACAAAUCUGAAUACUUAAUGGAAGUUGUAAGCAAGAAGGGGAAGGGAAUAUUUAGCUCGUCAACGUUGAUGGUUUCUGAAGCAAGCUGUUCUUCUGCGAACUUGGCGAACUCAUUACCAAAUGUUGAGAAUGAGAGCAGUCAGACUACUGAAGGAGGUGCUAGCCAUAGCAAGGCUGAGAAACUAAACAAGCUUAGUUUCCAAUCCCAAGAUGCUCUUGCUGCUGAGAAAAUGAAAGAUGUAACAUCAGAUGUUUUGGUUUCUGAGACCCCCAUUGAUAAUUCUGAAUCGGGCCCUGUAAAAUCAGAGGGAUUGAAGAGGAAAGGAGAUCUUGAAUUUGAGAUGCAGAUGGAAAUGGCCCUUGCUGCUACAGCAAUUGAGAGUUCCAAAACUACCAUGGCAUCAAAUGUUUCAGAAUCUCCCAGCACUUCUUCAGUUCUCUUUCCACCUUCUAAAAAGAUGAAGAUCAUUAAAAAAGAAGAAUCUCAGAACUUGAAUGGAAUAUCGACAGCCAUUGGAUCAAAAAAGGUGGGAGCCCCAUUAUAUUGGGCAGAGGUCUUUUGCAAUGGAGAAAAUUUGACUGGUAGGUGGGUGCAUGUUGAUUCUGUCAAUGCAAUAAUAGAUGGAGAGCAUAAAUUAGAAGCUGCUGCAGCUGCAUGCAGAAAAUCUUUGAGAUAUGUGGUUGCUUUUGCCGGACAAGGAGCUAAAGAUGUGACACGCAGGUAUUGUACGAAAUGGCACAAGGUAGCAGCACAACGAGUCAAUUCAACCUGGUGGGAUGCAGUUUUGGCACCAUUAAGGGAGUUAGAGUUAGCAGCAACCAGUGGUUAUGUUGAUUCGGAAUGCAAGCCUUUAGGCCAAGAGAAUCAUGAAGUAUCCCUUGAUAAGAACUCAAAUAGAAUAUCUGAAGAGUGUCCUGACGAAAAAGCAGCAGUGCCUUCUUUGAGGAACUCUGUUGCUUCUACCAGGAGCGUCCUCGAGGAUGUGGAAUUAGAAACUAGAGCACUGACAGAGCCCCUUCCAACCAAUCAACAAGCCUAUCGAAAUCAUCACUUGUACGUUAUUGAAAGAUGGCUCAAGAAGUAUGAAGUUCUGUACCCCAAGGGACCAGUCUUAGGCUUUUGUUCUGGCCACCCUGUCUAUCCUCGUACUUGUGUCCAACUACUUCAUACGAAGGAAAGGUGGUUGCGUGAGGGGAAGCAAGUGAAAGCCGGUGAAGUUCCUGUGAAGAUUUUGAAGCGGUCCCUUAAGAGGAGGAAAGAAGAUGCUGAGGAUGAUAGUGAGCAUGUUGAUGAACAGGGCACUACAGUUCUAUAUGGAAAAUGGCAAACAGAACCACUGUGCCUUCCUCAAGCUGUUAAUGGGAUUGUGCCUAAGAAUGAACGUGGUCAAGUGGAUGUGUGGUCCGAGAAGUGCCUCCCACCAGGCACUGCUCAUUUGCCAUUCCCAAGGAUCGCACUAGUUGCGAAAAGGCUGGAGGUUGAUUACGCCCCUGCUAUGGUUGGGUUUGAGUCCAGAAAUGACCGGUCUGUCCCUAUAUAUAAUGGUAUAGUGGUGUGUACCGAGUUUAAGGAUGCUAUCCUAGAGGCGUAUUUAGAAGAAGAGGAAAAACGAGCAGCUGAAGACAAAAGGAGAAACGAAGUGCAAGCACUGUCACGGUGGUAUCAACUUCUCUCUUCCAUCAUCACUCGCCAAAGAUUAAACCAUUCAUACGGAGAUGGGGCGUUGUCAGAAUCCUCCAUGGAAGCCCCCAAAACCGAUAAAAAUAGCUCCAUGUCAGUAGCCAUGCCUCCCCCGAGUAGAAAGGCAUCUGCAGGAUCUCAAAAGACGAAAACUCCAGACAAGCACAGUGCCCCUCCGCCAAUCCCGGCAGAAGACCACCAACAUGAGUUCAUUUUGGAAGAAAUGGUCUCUGAAGAAGUAGAAGAAGAAGAAGGUCGGACUCUAAUAAAGCGAUGCCAUUGUGGGUUUUCGAUACAGUUUGAGGAAUUGUAGAGCCGGGCAUUACAAAUCACUCAGCAGUCUAUGAGCCCACCGGUGUUAAGAUUCCAUCACCUCAGCUGUAUUUUUGCCACGGUCGUGUUGGCUAUUGGCGCCGCCCUCGACUCCAACUCCGACUCUACUUGAGAAUUUCAAGUAUUUUGUGGAAAUUCAAACGGGGUGUAUAUAUAUGUAACAUAUGCAUGUAUGUGUGAAGUUGUAAUCCUAGUUUGUUUUAGCACAAUGUCAGAAUGACUGUAGAGAUGAUUUUACUCAGUUUUUGGCAGUUGGUUUCAAUUACAAGUUUAUGAUUUUUAGCACCAUUCAUAUCAUUUUUGGCAACAUUCUGUAUCUAAAUACAAUCCUACAUUUGCCUUUAAAUAUUUU